AUGUCGGACAGACUUCUCUCUCAGAAGGAAGCUGACAUCCAGCUCAUGUGCGCCGCCGAGGUUCACCUCGGAACCAAAAACUGCAAUUACCAAAUGGAGCGUUACACUUUCAAGCGACGCAACGAUGGUAUAUAUAUCUUUAACCUCGGGAAAACAUGGGACAAGCUUCACAUGGCUGCUAGAGUCAUCGUUGCGAUUGAGAACCCAAAAGACAUCAUUGUUCAGUCUGCUAGGCCUUACGGUCAAAGAGCUGUUCUCAAGUUCGCUCAGUACACUGGUGCUAAUGCCAUUGCUGGAAGACACACUCCUGGUACUUUCACCAAUCAAAUGCAGACUUCCUUCAGCGAGCCGAGGUUGUUGAUUCUUACUGACCCGAGAACCGACCAUCAGCCAAUCAAGGAAGGUGCUUUGGGAAACAUUCCGAUCAUUGCUUUCUGUGACACUGACUCUCCGAUGAGAUUUGUGGACAUUGGUAUCCCUGCUAACAACAAAGGAAAGCACUCUAUUGGUUGUCUCUUCUGGCUUCUUGCUCGUAUGGUCCUUCAGAUGCGUGGAACCAUCCGUCCUCAACAGAAAUGGGAUGUCAUGUUGGACCUGUUCUUCUACAGGGAACCCGAAGAGGCUAAGCAACUCGAAGACGAUGAAGCUCCUCAGGCAGAUUUUGGACUUCCAGCGCCUGAAUACGUUGCCGGUGGAGAAUGGACCACUUCUCAGAUUCCUGAUGCUGCAUGGCCAGGAGAAGCUCAGGCACCAAUUGCUGCUGCUCCUGCCGCUUCUUGGAAUGAGGAUGGUGUUGCUCCAGCUGCAGACGGAUGGGAAACAGCUGCGCCACCUCCACAAGCUGUUCCAGCUUCUAACUGGGAAUAA